AUGGCAUCAGAUGCUAGAGAAGAAAGGACAUUUGAAACAAGGGAAGAAGAAAAGCUUAAGUCCAAGUAUCCAAAUCUUGCAAAAGGUGGAGGUGGAUCAGCUCUUUUAAAUAAAAGACUUCAGAAAGGAGAACAAAAGUACUUUGACUCUGGGGAUUAUGCCAUGGCUAAAGCAAAACUCAGUGCCAAGUCUAAACCCCUACCACCACCAGAAAGGAUAAUUAAAGCAGAAGCUGUUGGUGAGACCAUUCCGACUCCAGAAAAUAUUCAAGCCAGGAAGCCGUCCCUUGUCACAGCAACAGUAGCGUAA